UGCUUUGCCUGCAGGAUCACCCUGGCGACCAUCGGCCUCUCGUGGCUCGUUAUUGGAACCGUUCUGGUCGGAUUUCUACCUGAGAGCAGUGUGAAGAACUGGCUGAGCGAGCUGGUCCACCUGACUUGCUACCGGAUCUGUGCCAGAGGACUCUCAGCCACCAUCGUCUACCACAACAGAGAAAACAAACCUCAGAAAGGCGGGAUAUGCGUGGCCAACCACACCACCCCCAUCGACGUGGUGAUUCUGUCCAACGACGGCUGCUACGCCAUGGUGGGUCAGAUCCACGGAGGCCUGAUGGGGGUCCUGCAGCGCUCCAUGGUCCGGGCCUGUCCUCACGUCUGGUUUGAGAGGUCGGAGAUGAAAGACCGCCAUGCUGUGGCCAGCAGGCUGAGGGCGCACGUCGCAGCCAAGACAAAGCUUCCUAUCCUGAUAUUUCCUGAAGGAACCUGCAUCAACAACACGUCCGUCAUGAUGUUUAAGAAGGGCAGCUUCGAGAUCGGAGGGACCAUCUACCCCGUCGCCAUCAAGUACGACGCUCGCUUCGGCGACGCCUUUUGGAACAGCGGUAAAUACAACAUGGUGAGUUACCUGCUGAGGAUGAUGACCAGCUGGGCCAUCGUGGUCAACGUGUGGUACCUCCCCCCCAUGACCCGCCAGGUACUCAAACACCUGAAACACAUGACACACUUGAAACACAUCAAACACAUGAAACACCUGAAGCACGUGACACCUGAAACACAUAACAUACCUGAAACACAUGACACACCUGAAACACAUAACACACCUGAAACACAUGACACACCUGAAACACAUGACACACCUGAAACACAUAACAUACCUGAAACACAUGACACACCUGAAACACAUAACACACCUGAAACACAUAACACACCUGAAACACAUGACACACUUGAAACACAUCAAACAGAUGAAACACCUGAAGCACGUGACACCUGA